AUAGGCCAUGAACUGGUGCUUUCAAGACAACUGGGAACUCGGGAGGAACGAUGUCAUAUCAUGACGUCAGUGAUCUUCAGGUCAGGAAGUCAGAGCUCGAGAAAGCUACCCGAGUUCACUUGGAUUGUUCAAAACUAUUUUUGUCAUGAACGCUCGGGAAGUUGGAGAAUUCCGAGUUUCCAGUUGUUUUGAACGCGGCAUUAAGAAUCAAGAGACUUCUUUCAGGACUGUGACCUUGGAUUAUAAUGAUGGUGAUGACUAUGAUGAUACAGAGGGAAUCGCUGAACAUACAACAAAACCAGAAGUCACAGAAGUGCGAAGGCUCUGCAGAAGAUCAGGACCUCCUUUCUCGCUGUUCUCCCCUACGGAAAGCCUGCAGGACAUAGUGUACAGGAAAACCAAGCAUGUGUUUGACUACACAGUCACGGACAUGAAAGACAAAAAGCCUGAUGUUUCAAGGUGUGGUUCCAAUCUAAGCCAAUGUGUUAGACCAGCCCCCUUCCCAGUACGGAAGGGCUUCAAUGUAUCCACAUCUAGGAACAGCCAGAGAAGGGAACAAUCAAUUUAUCAGAUGACGGUGAUCAGAAAAGAUCAUGUCGGUAGGCCUUUACUGAUGCUGAAAGGCAAUGCAAGUCUAACCAACAUUGAUGGCAGCAACAACACGGAUUCAUUUGCUUAUUCAUCCAGACUCACAAAGGGAAAACCAUCAACCUCUUCUCAGCCAGGAUCUGACAUCAGGAUCCCACCAGUAGUAACCAGGAAGCAUUCUGCCAUCAUCAGAGAGGAAAGAAAGAUGCACUACUACAAAGACCUGUGUCAGCAGGUGGAGGAGAAGAGACAACAAAAAGUGAGGGAGAGGAGAAGGAUUACCACCGCCGAACAAACUCACAACGAGACAAUGCAGUUCUGCACCUGGGGGAUGCCAGGGAGCGGAGCCCCAAACUACCACCUGGACUCUGUGAGAAGGAACAAGUUCAGUUGCACAGGAAUGAUACCCCAGGAACAGCUCCGCUGUAAAGGCUUCAGCGGGAUCCCUUUUCAUCUGCAUGUCAAAUGACGUCCGUUUUAUGGUCCCCAGCCCAGACGAUUGAUGCUCAGCUCAGACAACUGAUAAACCCAUUAAACUAACGCAGUAGUAGACCAAAACACUACACUCUGCUGACUUUUGUCCCAUAGGUGGUAGAUAAGUCAUCGAUUAGCUGGAUUUCAGCACUCAUUGGCACUUGUAUCCAUUGAUUCAUUUACUGUUUCAAACUCCCAUGCGUGCAUAACCACACUCAAAACAAUUCUGGAUCUAAGGUUUUACACAUUCUGAUGGUGUUCAAAUCAGUUGUGAUGGUAGUGAUGCACAUAAACAGUUUUUUUUUUAUAUAUAUAUAUAUAUAUACACACACAUAAAUGGGUAUAUAACAAUGGGAAGUGUAACUAUAGUAUUUACAAAAAGCUUUUCAACAUGAGGACCGAUGCACAAACGAGCACUGAUACAGUAAGCUGCUCUUCAGGUGGCCACUAACAUUUGUAUAUACAAUGUACUACAAUGAUGACAUAACAUGCGACUAUAGGUAUUUUUAUCUGUAUAAAAUAUAGCUGAUUGAUCAUUGUCUAAUACAUAGUAAAUGUAUGUUCUAAUGCCUUAUUGUCAUCCACAAACUUCCUGUAAGGGUAAUUAAUUACGGUAAAGUUGAUAACAUUGAAUAGGUUGUUCCUGUUGGUGCUGUCAGGUUGGCUUGCACAUUAAAAUCCAAGAGGGUGAGUCA